CGCCAAAAUUAAGCGGCCUCCUCCGCGCACUCAGCCGUGCAGCGCUGUCAGUUCGCGCGAAAGGAUGGUGCUGGGCAAGCGGGACUCCAGGCUGACUUACUGCCAGGGCCUGGGCUGCGGUGGCGUGGCCGGGCUGCUCAGCCGCUCCCUCACUUGCCCGCUGGACGUGGUCAAGGUGCUGGGCCAAGUGGGCACCUUCCACAGCAAGAGGGGAUUCCUGAGGACGUUCUGGACGCUCUCGGAGGCCGAGGGGGUGCGAGCUCUGUGGAAGGGGAAUUGCAUCGCCUGCAUGCGCCUCUUUCCGUACAGCACCGCACAACUUUCCGCUUACAGCAAGUUUGUGAGCCUCUUCAUGGAUGACUUUGGUCACAUCUCCCAUUGGAGUGCCAUUGUAGCAGGGAGCCUGGCUGGGAUCGUGGCUGCCAUCCUGACUUACCCAGCGGAGCUGAUUGAGACACGUCUGAUUGUUCAGAACAGCACGGCUCCCACCUACAGAGGAGCCAUCCACACUUUCCUCACCAUCUACACCAAGGAGGGAUUCCUAGCACUUUACCGUGGGGCUUCACUGACAGUACUGGGAGCAGUACCCUUUUCCGCAGGUUCCUUUUUAGUCUAUAUCAACCUGGAUAAACUCUGGAAUAAGCCCAGUGUGAAACUCACUCCUCUCCAGAAUUUUGGGAAUGGCUGCCUGGCAGCAGGUGUUGCACAGACAAUAUCCUUCCCUUUUGAAACUGUAAAAAGAAAGAUGCAGGCACAGAGUCCCCUGCUCCCCCACUAUGGAGGUGUCGAUGUUCAUUUUACUGGUGUCGUGGACUGCUUCAAGCAAAUUAUGAAGACAAAAGGUGUUCUGAGCCUGUGGAAUGGUCUCACAGCCAACCUUCUAAAGAUCGUUCCGUAUUAUGGUCUGAUGUUCAGCACUUUCGAGUUCUGCAAGCGGGUUUGCCUGUACAAGAAUGGCUACAUCAUGUCCCCCCUGAGCUAUCGGCUCAGCCCAGGAGUGGACCAGAGCCUGGGGGCCGAGGAGCUCCAGGAACUGAGGAGGUUGAUCAGGGAAAAGAGUUUUGAGACCAACCGAUCUGCACUAGGCACCAAAUGGUGGGGCUGAGGAAACAGACUGGAGAGGCUUGUGGCAGAAUAUUUGUUAAUCUCAAGAGUAACCAUUACCUCGCUGCACCAAAAGAACUUUUCGCUUCAAAGACUAUAUACUUCUCCUGUUUGUGUCACGCUAAGUUGACAUAUCAGUCCGUUAGAUGCCCAAUUGAAUAACACAGAUGGUAUCUGUUACUGAGCUAACUUGGGUCCUUAUUGAAUGAGUGGGGCAAGCCAAUAUUAACGUGCAAGUCUCAAACUUCAGUGACUUAUCCUGUGAUUACCUGAGCUUUUACAUGAUAGUACGCAAGUUAGUUUUCAUUUUACUUGCCUUGUAUUCUCGCAAUGAAAUGUGGGCAUUGACUGCACCCAUGAAUAGGUACUGGUAAUAAGAAACAGUGUAAGACUAUUUAAGGUGCCAGCAUUAGAACAGAUGUGAGGGUGAAAUGACACUAAUAUCAUUUAUGAGACAACAAAAAGGAAACUUGCAUUUUACAUUGUGCCUUUAACAUAGAAAAUUGUGGCUUCGUGGAGAAAAUGGACAAAUUGAUCUGAACCAAAGAGAGAUUAGAAGGCGUGAGCAUGUACAUUCUGGGCAUGGAGUUUGCAAUUAUUAAUUUCCCAGAUUCUGAGAGAAUGCAAUACUCCAGUAUCACAGUACUGAUGUUUACAGAUGAACUCAGCAUUAAAAGAAAAAUUAGCCUAAUGAGCAAAGGAGAGAGAAACUGAACUCAACAUUUGUAGACGAUCUUCUUUAGUUUCUCUGGUCAGCAGAGUUCCACUUUAUGACCUUGUCUGAGCACACGUCUGAAGUCUAACCAAAUUAUUAAGGAACCAAAGAAUAGAAGGAUUACAUUCUGAACCAAUGCAGUGAGCAAGUGUUCAUAACAGUCAAAAAUACUGGGUAACGCUCAUUGGGUCACAUCCCGAUCAUUUGAUUGCACAAACUUGAAUUACUUGUUUAGUCUCCCCUCCUCUGUUACAGAGGAAUAUGAAAUAAUAGAUUUAUUUAGAACAAAUUACCUAGUGCAGACCAUGUAAUCUGUCAGUUUCACUAUGUUCAAGCAAUAACAGAAUCAUGCACUGUAAUAACUAAGAAAUGAAUCCAAGUUUACAUUUAGAUUCUAAUUCUCCAAGUCAACCACUUUUUAUACCCAUAAUGAGGCCAAAGGUAGAACUUUUUCUGAUCAUGUUUCCCAUUUUUAUUGACAGUUUAAGUUAUAUGUCUAUUGCAUGUAAUAAAUGUUUACACGUAACGUGUUAAAUUGCUGUCUGUUGCACAGCAUCUCAGCAUACUUGUACAGUGUUUUAUUCAUAAUACCUCUGUAGGGUAGAUGAUUUAUCAGGAUGUGACAUCCCAUAAUAGUUUCUAUAAUAUUUGUCACUUGUUUUAUGUAGUAUGACUGCUUUCCCACUUGCCUGAUUUUCUAAACACCAUUGUAAAUGGUGAUCUUCAAUGACAGUCUCACCAUUAAACCACUUGGCACAUGAA